UAACUCUUUUCAUUGACAGAAUGCGAGUCAGAUAACAAUAUUUUUACAAAUUUGUCAGUACCAAAUCCCAAUGCACAGAAUAGAAAUUCAAACAAUUCCGAUGUGAAAGGGAAGGGGAGGUAGCUAGGCGGCGGCCCGGCUCGGCGUUCAGACUGAGGGACGGAGCCAUGGAGGGAGGGAGACGAACACGGCGUGACGGCUGAUGGGGCUGAUGCUGUGUGCGUGCCCGUCAGCCCCGUGUGGGCGUGUGGCGGCCGGAUUACUUGCAAUGAACCCAAUCACAUGGCAUGCCGCCUCGGCUCUUCUAUAUUACGCGCUUCCUAAAGAAGGCAGCUAGGCAGCUGAGCUGAGCUGAGCUGAGCAAAGCUGAGGGAGAGAGCCAUGGAUGCCGAGAGCUCCGCGGUACCUGAGGCCUCCGUCGACUGGCGCGGCCGCCCUUGCCAGCCGCACCGGCACGGCGGCAUGCGCGCCGCCGUCUUCGUCCUAGGGCUGCAGGCGUCGCAGAUCAUCGCACUGGCGGCGGUGGGGAGCAACCUGAUCACGUACGUGUUCGGGGAGCUGCACUUCUCGCUGCCGCAGGCGGCCAACGUGGUCACCAACUUCGUCGGCACCGUCUUCCUGCUCUCCCCGCUCGGUGGCUUCCUCUCCGACUCCUACCUCGGCUGCUUCUGGACGCUGGUCACAUUCGGCGCCGUCGAGCUCGCGGGCUUGAUAUUACUGUCAGUGCAAGCACACCUGCCACAGCUCAAGUCGCCGCCGUGCAAUAUGAUAUCCAUGGUCGGCAGCUGCGAGCGGGCGAAUGGCUUCAAGGCCAUCAUCUUCUUCGUGGCGCUCUACCUGGUGGCUCUCGGCACCGGCUGCGUCAUGCCCAACAUGACCGCGUACGGUGCCUACCAGUUCGCCGGCACGGCGGAGAACGGCAAGAGGCUAUCGACGUACUUCAACCUGUCCUACUUCAUCUUCUGCGUCGGCGAGCUCGUCGCGCUGACGGUGGUGGUCUGGGUGCAGACGCACUCCGGGAUGGACGUCGGGUUCGGCUUGUCCGCGGCCGCCAUGGUGGCCGGACUCAUCAGCCUGGUGUCCGGCGCAGUGUUGUACCGGAACAAACCUCCGCGGGGCAGUAUCUUCACUCCUAUUGCAAGGGUCUUCGUUGCUGCCUUCACCAAGAGGAAGCAAUUCUGCCCUUCUUCCAGCUCCAAUUCUGUCAACGCUGGAGCCGGCGAUUCGGCGUCCAUCGACGGCAACUACCGUCAUGCCAACAAGUUCAGGUUCUUGGAUAAGGCGUGCAUGAGGACAGCGCAGCAGGGGCCGGACACGGCGCCAGAGAGCUCGUGGCGGCUCUGCACGGUGGCCGAGGUGCAGCAGGCGAAGACCCUCUUCGCCGUGAUGCCCAUCGUCGCGUGCACCAUCGUCUUCAACACCGCGCUCGCGCAGCUGCAGACCUUCUCGGUGCAGCAGGGCAGCGCCAUGGACACCAGGCUCGCGGCGGGGUCCUCCUUCCGCAUCCCGCCGGCAUCGCUGCAGGCCAUCCCCUACGCCAUGCUGCUCGUGCUCGUCCCGGUCUACGAGCUCUUCUGCGUCCCGCUCAUGAGGCGGCUCACCGGGACGCGGUCCGGGAUCACCCCGCUCCAGCGCAUCGGCGUCGGCCUCUGCAUCGUCGCGCUCUCCAUGGCCACCGCUGCGGUCGUCGAGCGCAGGCGCCGGGACAUUGCCGUUGCCGGCGGUCGGAUGUCCGUCCUGUGGCUCGUGCCGCAGUUCCUUGUCUUCGGCGUGUCGGAGAUGUUCACCAACGUGGGGCUCAUGGAGUUCUUCUACAAGCAGGCGUCCACUGGGACGAUGCAGGCCUUCUUCAUGGCGCUCUUCUACUGCUCCUUCUCCUUCGGGUUUUACCUCAGCUCGGUGCUCGUGUCGCUGGUGAACAAGCUAACGGCGAGAGGCGGCCGCCGCCGCUGGCUCGGCGACAACGACCUCAACAAGGACAGGCUGGACCUGUUCUACUGGGUGCUCGCCGCCCUCAGCGUGCUCAACUUCUUCUGCUACCUGCUGUGUGCGAGGUGGUACAACAACUCCGGUGCAGGUGGCUCUGAUGAAGAUGCCUCUGGUGAGGUCGUAGCAGAAGAUGGUGGUGGCAAGGAGAUCAUGUGAAGAACUCAAGAACAUGAGACUCAACUGUACAUGUGCAUAGAUAAUGGUUUUUUAAGUACAAGGAAG